GUUAAAAAACGACAGACGCAUAUAAGCAAAGAAACGAAUUUGCAAGAGAGAGAGAGAGAGAGAUGGAGGUUGAACUCAAAGAGGUGCUGAAUGAGCUCGAGUCUCUGAAGCAAUCGAUCGCUGAUCCUUCUCAUCGUGCUCCGAUCGACAAGCUAAAAUUGCGUGUUGAGCGUCUGGCGUAUCUCGGAAACUAUGGCCCAAUUCGGCGUUCAAAAGUGAAGGAUAUGAGCGCUGAGGUGGUAGAUAGCAAUCCUUACAGUAGGCUUAUGGCUCUUCAGAGGAUGGGUAUUGUGAAGAACUAUGAAAGUAUACGGGAAUUCUCAGUUGCCAUUGUUGGAAUUGGUGGUGUGGGAAGUGUUGCAGCAGAGAUGCUGACAAGAUGUGGUAUUGGUCGCCUUUUGUUGUAUGACUAUGACAAAGUGGAGUUGGCUAACAUGAAUCGGCUAUUUUUCCGUCCAGAGCAGGUUGGUAUGACAAAGACAGAUGCUGCUGUACAGACCCUCUCAGACAUAAAUCCAGAUGUUGUGCUCGAGAGUUAUACGAUGAACAUCACAACGGUGCAAGGUUUUGACACGUUUAUGUCAAGUUUGAAAAAUAAAUCAUUUCGCCCAAAUAAAGAAGGUAGUGGAGUGGAUUUGGUUCUAAGUUGCGUUGAUAAUUAUGAAGCAAGGAUGGCUGUUAACCAGGCAUGCAACGAACUGAAUCAGACAUGGAUGGAGUCUGGUGUAUCUGAGGAUGCUGUUUCAGGUCAUAUUCAGUUGCUGAUUCCCGGUGAAACAGCCUGUUUUGCAUGUGCACCUCCUUUGGUUGUUGCAUCUGGAGUAGAUGAACGUACGCUUAAGCGUGAAGGGGUUUGUGCUGCGUCUUUACCUACUACCAUGGGCGUGGUUGCUGGGCUUCUAGUCCAAAACACACUUAAAUAUUUACUGAAGUUUGGGCAGGUCUCUCCAUACUUGGGAUACAAUUCUCUUAAAGACUUCUUUCCAACCAUGGAAAUGAAGCCAAAUACUCAGUGUUCAAAUGUAGCUUGUCUGGAACGACAGAAAGAGUUCUUACAUGUAAAGCCAGCAAGGGAUGCUGCAGCUAGAGCAAAAAUGGAAGCUGAAGCAUCAUCAGAAACAGAAUCUCCCCUACAUCUUGAUAAUGAAUGGAAUAUAAGUGUUGUUGAUGAAAGCGAGCUGGAUAAGGUAGAUGUAAAGAGUUCAGAUGCCCCCCUUCCAGAAGGUCUUAUUCGGGAGCUUCCGAGUGCAGAUGAGUACCAAACAUUGCCUGCUGAAACACCAGUUUCUCAUGUAGAUGACCUGGAAGAUCUUCGAAAGCAACUCGAGGCCCUCAAUUCUGCUUAGAUACAAAAGGUUUCCUUACAGGAUUUUUGCAGUCCCAUAGAAGAUGAGAAACAAAGAAAACCUUUAGACAUCUCCCUUUUCUCUUUUUGUCAUUUUCCUCGCUGCCUCUAACAAAACAAUCAAAGCACAAUUUUUUAAGGCAAAAAUACUAUUAAAAAAAAUAAAAUACUACUGUUCAGAAA